GUUCCUUGUUCUCCAGAGCCACCACCAGCCCAGCAUGCCGCGACCGGGGCCUUCAGUUCUUCCAGAGGCAUUUGCUAUGAUUGAGGGGGAGUUUAGCAGGCUCCUCGAAGCAGAGUCCAAGUAUGCGGACGACCUGCGCGACGCGCGACGCGAGCGGGACGAGGCGAUCAAGGCCGUGCGCGCGAUGCAGAUGGAGCGAGCGACCGAGGAGCAGGAGAGGGAGGCGGACGAGCAGGAGCAGAAGAUGGAAUACGACCGAUUGGCGCAGGAGUUGGAGGCGUGUCAGAAGAUGCUCAAGCAAGCGCAGGCGCAAAUUGCAAGCCAGAAGGCGUCGAUAACGAAGCUCAACGCGCAGUGGCGAGCCCAAGAGGAGAAUUGGCAGGCCGACAUAGCUCGCGUUGAGGAGGAACACGACCGAGAGCGCGCUAAGCUACAAGCAAAGAUCGACGAGUUGACGCACGAUCAGCGCGAGUAUACUACCUACGCCGGCGCAACCCCUCGCCGCCCUCAGCGUGAGAACACCCAUCCUAGCACCUCCUCCGCCACCACCAAGCGCGCAUCCACGACCUCCAUACCGGCCAAGCACGACAUGUCUCCCACCCUUUACGACAGCAUCAGUAUUGACCUCGCGAAGACACCUGCACGCCCCAAGACCCCGCGGCCGAAAACCCCGCGUACUGCAGGGAAGACCCCUCGUAAGGCGGCGCCCCCGCUAGCGCCCGUUGAGCCGCUGCAGCUCGAGCGCGAACAGCCCGCGCGACCACUACAACCGACACGCCCAGCGCAACCCACGCAGGUCGACUUUACCGCGCUCACUCAGACGGGACAUCGCCGAAAGCGCCCUCGCAGCCCACCGCCGCCGGCUCCAAUGUCACAGCAACCUGUAGUCAUCCGCCGCGUGCACGCUGUCGUGCGCGCGAAGACGGAGGAGACGGACUCGGGCGCGGAAGAGAUCCUGCGCGGUGGUGGCGGGCAGUAUGAGGAGGAUGAGCAGGAGGAGGUCCCGCCUCCGAAGCGGCGGCUCAAGCACACGACGCGUAUAACGUCGGAGGAUGACGACGAAGCAUAUGAGCCUGCACCGCCAAAGAAGUCAAGGAAGGGGAGGUCGACAUCGCGGUCGCGGCCUGCGAAGUCGGCACCUCCGACGGAGGACGAGGGUGACGAUGAGGACGAGUUGGCUCCUUUAAGUGAACCGAAAUUCCACGACCCGCGUAACCGCCGAACUCCUGCAUCUCCUCCGCCCAACGCCAAGAAACGACGAACUACGACAACGAAAACGAACGUUGGGCCCCCGAAGCGGAGAGUCGUCCACUGAGCUCGGAGAUGGGCUUACCUUGUAUAUGUCGUGUCGCUGUCUAUGUUGUCCAUUCAUCUGUCUUAUUGUACAUUAUCGGUCUUCGGCCAUGAAUAUCACGUCGGUUCGGAAAGGA